GCAGAGAGGAACACACAAGUGCUGAGUGACUGUACGCGUUGUGCUUGCCUGCUGCGGACGCUUGUGUUUGUUUGCUGACUGAAGUGUUGUUCUGUCUGCACCGCGCCAAGGGAAAUCGCCACCUAACAAAGCCCCGACUGUGUGCGGUCUAGCAACUGGAAACAGGAGAGGGAGUCAGAAAGUGUGAGGAGAAACAGUUUGGCGCUCCACUGCAGAUCUGCGAAGAUGCAAUGCCAAGAGUUCACACUCUAACGGAUGCCGCUUACCUGUAGUACAUCUUAAAGCUGGCUCAAGAGAGGACGGGACAGUCUGAUUGCUGACUUCACAAGCUGCAUGGGGGUUCUAGUGUGUUGUGACUGCUUCUUUUACAGGAAAUCCAAAACGAAGCCCAAUGGAAAGAAAGCGCCCGCUGAAGAAAAGAAGCACUACAUGGAGCCAGAGUACACAAAAGUGCGGGUCAUGGACUUCGACCUGAAAGAUUUGGUGGCGCUUCCCACCAAAGAGAUCGACCUCAACGAAUGGCUCGCCAGCAACACAACAACCUUCUUCAAUCUGAUAAAUCUGCAGUAUAGCACAAUCUCAGAGUUUUGCACUGGGGACACAUGUCAAGCCAUGACGGCCUGCAACACCAUAUACUACUGGUAUGAUGAGAGGGGGAAGAAGACGAAGUGCACAGCACCUCAGUAUGUCGACCUUGUCAUGACUUUCGUGCAGAAAUUAGUGACUGAUGAAGAUAUCUUCCCCACAAAAUAUGGCAAAGACUUUCCCAACUCGUUCGAGUCUCUGGUGAAGAAGGUCUGCCGGUAUCUGUUUCACGUGUUGGCUCACAUCUACUGGGCUCACUUUAAAGAGACCGUGGCUCUGGAGCUGCAGGGACACUUGAACACACUGUUUGCACAUUUCAUCGUCUUCGUCAGAGAAUUCAACCUGGUCGAGCCCAAGGAGACCUGCAUCAUGGACGACCUGUCAGAGGUGCUGUGCGCCCCCCUGCCGCCCCAUACACACAAUCACGUGACCGAGAGAUGAGCCUCGAACUCCAGGAAGACGACGAAACGUGCAAGGCCCCCUUGGAAGGGCCCCUCCAUCACUGUUUUUCACCGUCUUCAUGAGAACUGUUCAAAAGAUGGGGCUGAGGGCCGGUGGUCUGCAAUUCUCGUACCAGCACAGAUUGGUGUGAAUGUUUCCUACAGGACGAAACAAUCUGUCUGCAUUCUCAUUUAUACAGGAACAAUUUGUAUUUUAAUUUGCAUUUUUAUUAUUAUUUUUUGCGCAUGCGCUCUCUGAGGUUGUCGGUUUCUUUUAGGGAAUGGUGUUUCAGCUAGGCUCUCAUCAGUGCCUUAGAUUUAUAGCUAAGGUAUUGUCUGUUUAUAUGCAACAAUGUUAAGAAAGUUAUCAUUUACCUCUGGCUCCCCCUUGUGGAGGGAGUGACGUCACACACCGACUGACUGUUUAUGAUCUCUGCAGCCUUAUUUCACGUAAAACUGUACCAGACUAGUGCAAAAUCUCUCUUUUUCAUAUUCUAGCCAUCAUUAUCCAUUUCUUUAUGUUCUUUAAAUCAUUCACAAUGGUUCUAUAUGUACUUAUUAGCCUUUUAAGAUGAUGUAUAAAGGGUCUGAUGGUUUGAAUGAUGCUUUAGAGAAAGUCUGGACUUGCUUUGUAGGUUUCCGACAAGGAUAUUAGUGAUAUCUGGAUGUCUGCUCGCUGCAUGGCAGUUGACUUGCUGUGUUGCAUCGAUGAGCACAUCCUCCAGCAUCGCAACCUUUAUUUUUUUAUUUCACGUUUUUAUUCUUAAGUUAUCAGAGGUCCUGAAUAUUGUGGCAGCCCAUGUGUGUAGAAAAUGCACAUAAAUUUUUCUGUUUCCCAAGAAAUAGAUUGUAACUGUAUAAGAAAUCACAAUAAUUGCCUUUAGCGAGAGAGCAUCUCUCCUUCUUAUUUUAUUUAUUUUUACUUUUUUAAUCUAUUUGCAGAGUUCCUCAGUUCUUGCUUUCUUUUUAUGUAUUUUUAAUUAUCUAAGUUAAAAGCCACUUAAUAUUUUAAGCUCUGCGAAAUAUAAUCAGAUUAAAACAAGAAAUGCCACGUUA